AUGGCUGACGGGCAUCACCGAGGGAGAGCAAACAGGGCUCAAAGAACCCCGCUUAAAGCCAUUACAUGCGAGUAUAACACCACGUCGACGAUGGCACUGCAGGUCCUUGCCGGAGUACCCACUCUCGAACUGGAACUAUUACGAAUAGCCAGAGUCGAGGGGGACAGGAUCGCGGUCAGGAGAGGUGCUAUGACGGUGCAGGAAGCCGAGGUUAGAAAUACGAGGCACAGUAACAAUCUCCUCAACCUCUGGCAGAGCAAGUGGGUCGCGAGUCGCAAGGGUAGGUGGACCGCGCGAUGGUUUCCCGAUGUCGGACGCCAGGUGGGUCGUGGGUGGUGCCGUAUGGAUCAUUUUACGUCCCAGCUGUUGACCGGCCACGGAGAUUUCAAAGCAAAACUAAACGGCUUUAACCUUGCAGGCGAUUCAGCUUGCCCAUGCGGUUUCCCCAGUGGAAAUGCGGAGCAUCUGCUAAUGGAUUGCCAGCUUGCAAACCAGGAAAGGGAAAAACUCAAACUCGCCAUGCGAGCGGCCGGUGCGGACUGGCCGUUUGAGUUGGAAUUCAUGACGAGUUCCGAGGUCAUGUUCCGGGCGCUAAAUGAAUUCGCUCAGAAACGUCACCAAAUAUACGAUUUUCAACGGUAA